AGCACAAUUCGGGCUCUGGAGGAUGCCUCCGGUCGCGUUCAGUUGGUCGGCCUUAGCGAGGUCCUCGUGAAGAGUGCCGCCCAGACGCUGGUACUGCUACGUCAGGGUUCCCUGCUGAGGACCAGUGGCCAGACCUCCGUCAAUGUCAACUCCAGUCGAUCACAUGCAAUUUUUCAGGUGAAUCUGCGUCGGCAACCAGGAUCGGAUAAGCAGAACCAGGGUCGUGCUACGACUGCUGUUGCUGCCGCCGGCGGGAAGGGCCAGGCGAUUUUCAGGUCACAGAGUCUGGUUGGCCGCUUUUCACUCAUUGACCUGGCGGGCAAUGAGCGUGGUGCAGAUACUGCCCGCGACGGAGACAAGACUGCUCUGCGUGAGUGCAGCGAGAUUAACCGGAGUCUGCUGGCCCUGAAGGAGUGCAUUCGUGCGAUGGGUCUUUAA